AUGGGAAUCACGGCGGGAGCACAUAGGCUGUGGUCCCAUCAAGCGUAUAAAGCACGAUGGCCGCUAAGACUCUUCCUGGCAAUUUUGCAGACUGCGACCUUUCAGGAUCACAUUUAUGAAUGGGUGAAACACCAUAGAGUUCAUCAUAAAUACACGGAAACCGAUGCAGAUCCCCACAACGCAAAGCGUGGUUUCUUUUACUCCCAUAUGGGCUGGUUAUUAAUUCAGAGACACGAUGAUUUCUUCAGAAAGUACGACAACGUUGACAUGUCAGACUUAGAGAAAGACCCCAUCGUAAUGAUUCAGAAAAAAGUAUAUUUGAUUGCAAUGCCGGUUCUUUGCUUUAUAUUACCGGCGUGGAUUCCCGUUUACUUCUGGAACGAGGAUCCUUGGUCUUCGUGGUACAUCGCUGCCAUAUGGCGCUGGGUAGUGUCUGUUCACUUUACUGCGCUCGUCAAUUCCGCUGCUCACUUAUGGGGAAACAAACCUUACGAUAAAAAUGAGAAUCCCACCGAGGACAUUUUCUUGGAUUAUCAAACAAGACUUAGGUCUAGGAGCUUACCGAAGAUACACAGGAUAUACCUUAAAUCAGGCAUUGAAACAAAGGAGAGUCGAAAGAUCAAAACAGCUGUUACUUCCACAGAACACGGUUGUGUUCUGUUGUUACUUCGACGUAGCCAAAGUUCAGCGAGGCCAUCAUCCAGUGUCACCUACCAAGGGGUUAAAAAACUCAAUUGUGGCGAAAAAGAAGUGAAAACUCCAGGCAAAGUGUAUCAUGAUACCGUGUUAGAAGUGGUAGUUAAACCUCUCAACAACACCUUAUUCAAAAACGAGGUGUGGACAUUCCAACAGGAUUCGACAGAAAAAAAAAUGAAAUCGCUUCAUCCGUUCGGGAGCUAUGAUGCCACAGACAGCCAGACACACACAGAGACACGUCAAACUUGUAACACCCCUCUUUUUGCAUAUAUAGGUCCAACUGAUCACUUAACCGUAGCACUUUGCACAUUUGGCGAGGGAUGGCAUAACUAUCACCACGUCUUCCCAUGGGACUAUAAAGCGGCAGAGCUGGGAAACUAUUCUACAAACAUGGUAACAGGACUAAUAGAUCUCGCUGCUAAAUUGGGUUUGGCUUAUGAUUUGAAGACAGUGUCUGUAGAUAUAAUAAAAAAACGUGCAGCAAGAACAGGUGAUGGUUCUCAUCCAUCUACUAAACACACCAACGAAUCUGUCGAUGAUCAUGUCCAUCCAGAAAAGCCGACCUGGGGUUGGGGAGAUAGAGACAUGACUGAAGAAGAAAGAGAAUACGCGGUGAUCCAUAAAAAUAUAACAUAA